AUGCAGCCUCUCAGACUUGCCGUGUUUCUGGCCUUUAUUGUCGGACUCAGAGCUUACGCGCUGACCGACAGUCUGGCCGAGUUUUACUGUGACGUCAAUGGCGACUACGAUGACAGGGAGCAGGUGGAGAAAGAUGGUGGCGACCGUUCUCUGAUCGAUCUCAAACUGGUGCCGGUAGUCGCACCGUCGCUGUCGCCGCUGCCAGUCUUGUACGUGGUGGAGUCUAUAGCUGGAGUCCUAGUCCGAGUUUUGAUCCUGAUUGUGACACAAGACCCGAAGGGUUAUAUCUACACUGACCCGUACAACGUCACUGGAAAAACGGACAUCAAAUCAGGGACAUUUGACGUCAACCAAGUCAAGUCCUUGACCCCGGCAGACCUUCAGGGGCAGCAAGAUUGUAAAGACGUCUUCGAGCCGGUUCAACCUUUUGUCUUCGCUGUCAACUAUCCAGACUGUAAGGAGACUCCAGUUAACGGGUCACGGUCCUCCUACGGUGUCACUGUCACCUGUAACGAAUUCUUCGCCAUUGUCCCUGCUGGUGCGCCCGAGAAGCCCACGUUAGUGCCGUACCAGUUCAAGCGCCGUGGAAACAAGUAUCAACUGGAAGAUGCCCCAAGCAAUUAUGUUUGUGACUGUGAUAAGCCGAGCAACUGA